GUGGCAUAUUUUAGGUUUGGAUGAAAAAGACAGAAAUGAAGAAACCAUUUGCAGUGGCAUCUCCUUUCUUGAAGAAGGGCUUUCAAAAGAUAUACAACAUGUUGAGCUAUAUGAGCACCCUGUUGUAUUGACUGUAGAAGCUCAGGAAAAAUAUGUUGGACAUUUGAAUGGUGCACUGAGUAAAAAUCUGUUCUUGAAGGACAAGAAGCAUAGAUUUUAUAUUGUUUCUGCAUUGACAGACACCAGAAUAGAGUUAAAAAUUCUAGCUCAGAGGCUCGGAUUGGGAAAAGGAGGCUUGAGGAUGGCCCCAGAAGAUUCACUGACAGGGAUACUUCAGGUACCCCUUGGUUGUGUUACUCCAUUCACGCUUUAUAAUGAAUCUACAAGGGGUGUCUCUUUAUUAUUAGACCAAGGGCUAAGAAUAAAGGAGCGAUGCUUCUUCCGCCCACUAUCUAAUGACAUGACCAUUGCUAUUAACACAAGUGGUCUUGAUAAGUUUCUGAGUUCAAUUGGAAAGCCAUCAAACUAUGUUGAUCUGGAAUCAGCUACCUGAGUGGUUCCUGAGACUGGGAAAUUGCCAAAAAGGACAUAAUUGGUGGUCUUGUGUUUACCGAUGCUAUUUGUUGUAAUGCUUACUUGAAUGCAAAGCUACAACUUUCUCAAGUAUUGACUGAUAUGAAGAACUUGCAUUUGCCUUUGUAUUUCGAGAGGUUUUCAAGACUAGUUCAUCAGCCGAUGCAGCAGAUGAAUUUGGCUGUGACAACAAGAGACUUAAGGGAAUAGGCAUUGGUACUCCUGAAGGUCUAAUUUCUCUGGAUGAUUUCCGUAGCCUUCAACGGUCAAACACGGAAUUGAGGAAACAACUAGAGGAUCAAGUUGAAAGAAUUGAGGCUUUGCGCAAUGAAAAUCAUGCAACUGUUGAGAACCACGAGAGUGGAUUGAGUAAUGCUUCUCGAUAAUAGGCCACCAACACAUUAUGUCAUCCGCUCCCCUCGAUAUUCAUAGUCCAAGUUAUGCUUCUUGGAGGAUUCAUUACUCUGUUUUCAAGCUAAAUAAUCUCCUGAAAAGAGUUCAUUAACUACAAUAAUAUAUAUUCCAUAUACAUUUCUAGAGCCAUUUCAUCCUUCCGGUUAGACUAGUUAGCUUUUUGUUAUUUUUUAUUACUUAUUAUUGUUUCGGGGUAUGCCCCUACAAAUUAUGUAGUAUGUACAUUCACAUUUAUGUGAGAAUUUGAUAUAUAAAUAAAAAUGUUUCAAAUUUUGGUUACU